CCCUCUGCCACACGUCGCUCCUUCUGCCCCCAAGUCAAAAACGCACCGCCGCCUCAUUGGCGCAAAACAUCGAACACCUUCGAUUUGCUCCUCUCUCGUCAAUGGCUUCUACUCUUCAGAAGUUCCUCCGCCAGGCGAACCUCACGAGGGCCAUCUCCACCUUACAGGGUCCAGCGCGGCCUCACCAGUUCCCGGCGCUCCGCAUUCUCGAUUCCCACAUCGCUCAGCCAGGUCUGCUCGGGCAAUUCUUGGGCCGGCCAACGACGGAGAGCUCCGCUCAGACUCGCCCUCCCGCUUUCUUCCCGAGCUUCCCUCUGGGGUUCUGCUCGGGCCCGAUAUACGUGAACCUGGCAGCUGAGCCGGACGCGGACGGCGUGGUAUCCGACGAGUCGGAUGGCACAAUGUGGGCCGACAGUGUGAAGAAGAAGCGGAAGAAGAAGAUGAACAAGCACAAGUACAAGAAGCUGAGGAAGCGUUUGAGGAGGCAGACCUAGUAGACGUAGGUACACACGCUUGAAGUAAAAUGAUCACUUUCUUGGCUUUCCCAUUUGUUAGAAAUUUAGGGGCUUUUGCAUUGGCGACUUCUUCUCCGAUUCGAUUUCCGGUUAUAGUAUCGAUUAUCGAAGACUCUGACUGUGACUGUGACUGUGACUGUAGAGUAUACUCUUGGUUGCUCAAAAGGAUGAGCUUUUGUGCUGUAGCAUUGCGUUCCGGCAAUAAUGUGGAAUUGGUAUUGCUCAAAAACUCUUUAGCUCGCAGGGCAUUGAUCAAUUGCAUGUGCA